UAAUAACUCAAUUCAUGGGUCGGUGGGCAGACAAAACUAUGGUGCAAGCUAGCUUUGAGGAACGUGCCAAUAGGAAAUCCAUUUGUGAAUCUACCAUCAUAAAGAAAUUUGGUUAAAAUCCCUAACCUUUAUUAAUGCUUCACCCACUGCCCUGGUGCCCCCAUCCUCUUUCACCCAAUAUUCUUUAUAGCUUCCAUCUUCGUUUUCCUACAUUUCAUAGACGAACCUUCAAGAAUUCAAGUUUUGUUUAUUGUCUCCUCAAAGAGUGUAAAUUAAAACACUAAAAUGGAGAAGCAAAUUCUUGACUUCUCCCUGGUUCCUUUUGGCCUCUCCAUACUGUUAGCCUACCACAUAUGGCUUCUCUAUCGGAUCAUAAAUCAUCCAACAAACACAGUCAUCGGCAUCAAUGGCAUCAACAGGCGUGUAUGGGUCCAAUCAAUGAUGGAAGACACGUCGAGAAAUGGCGUGCUCGCUGUGCAGACCUUACGAAACAAUAUUAUGGCAUCGACCCUAUUGGCAUCGACGGCGAUCAUGCUCAGCUCCGUCGUGGCGAUCCUCAUGGCCAACUCGAAAGCUCGACCUUCAGGGAUCAUUUUCGGAGUUCAGAGUGAGAUGGGAAUUUGGGUGAAGUUCUUUACCAUAUUGGUCUGUUUUCUUAUGGCUUUCUUGUUCAAUGUACAGUCUAUAAGAUAUUAUAGCCAUGCAAGUAUAUUGAUUAACCUUCCAGUGAAGAAGAUGUUAAGCCCACAUAUGACAACAGAGUAUGUGGAAAGGGCAGUGAACAUGGGGAGCUAUUUCUGGUCAUUGGGAUUAAGGACCUUUUACUUCUCUUUCCCUCUGUUUUUGUGGCUCUUUGGGCCUAUUCCUAUGUUUUUGUGUUGUGUUGUGCUGGUUUUUAUGCUUUAUUUUCUGGACGUAAGUUUUGACUUUGGAGGAGGUGAUGGUGUUGGUGGUGUUGUUAUGGACGACAUGGACGAGGAACAAGGGAUUUAGGCGUGGGCUGUUACAUGUUCUUAUUGGUUUACACUUGGCAUAGGCUUGGAAUGAGAUGUGUUAUAUGUUGUUAUUGGUUGACA